AUAAGACAAUAUGGCACCGUACACGAAAUUUAUGCUGCUGUCAGUGUUGUUGAUUUAUCAAGUUUUAGCUACUCGGUCGGGAAAUGUUCCACAGUCUUUGUACGAUUCUAAUGAUUUAAUUGUACAGCUAGAUAAUGAAACUAUUUCGAAGACAUUGUUCAAUUCAGGAAACUCAUGGAUAGUUGAGUUUUACUCCAGUUGGUGCGGCCACUGCAUCCGCUUUGCGCCGACGUGGAAACAGCUGGCCAAGGACUUGAAAGCCUGGAAAAGUGUUAUAGGUGUUGCCAGCAUGGACUGUGCUAUACAGCGUAAUUUUGAAGUCUGUCGAACAUUCGAUAUAGAAGGAUAUCCUACACUGAAGCUUUUUAACGCAUCAAGUCAAAACAACACAGGAAUAAUAGUAACAGGUGGACGUCUGUCAAAAAAUCUUCGACAUGCAAUGAUUAAUCACGUCGAAAGUCAUAGUGACAAAAUCCGACCCAAACAUUGGCCAAUUCUCCGUCCAAUCAGAAAAUAUGAAGUUGUAGCAUUUAAAGAAUCACCAAGUGCAAAAUACCUUGCUGUUAUCUUUGAGGAUGAAAAGUCUUACAUUGGACGGGAGGUGAUACUAGACAUGGUUCCGUAUCCCAAGUUCAAGGUAGCAAGAGCAACAAAAAAUGACACAGUAUUAACCAAAGAACUGCAAGUUACAAGUUACCCUUCGUUGUUUGUCUUUUAUCCCGAUGGACAAGUGCACGAACUAAAGAGUAUGCCAGAUCCAACUAGAGAGACAUUUAGGAGCCUGUUGUUGGACCUACUUGGCUUGACAGAUUCACAAGAUCCUCCGAAAGAGACAAUAAUGGAGAAGUCCAAACCUUCACAGGAGGACAGAAGAGACUUGGAAACCAAUGAAGUCAUCCAGAUGGAACACGUUGAUGCCAUUUCAGAGGCAGACAAUGAAGUGGUUAAGUUCCUAAAAUUAGACAAUAUGCCAGGUAUUGAAAGACAACAGGUUCCCAAUGUAAAUCACAAUAAUGGUGAAGUAGUUGUAGAAGAACCUGUGAACGCUGGCAAUGAGGGCGCUGUUGUGGAAACUAAGGAUAUGUGGGAUAUUGUCAAGAAGAAGAAGUAUGAGGCUGAAGCUGGACAGCAACAGCAAUUUAGGAAUAUUGAUGCAUAUUCCCCUGUUCACAUGCAAGAUCUUGAGUCAGCGCUGACAUAUGCCUUGCGACAGGAAGUACCGUUAAAAGUAACAAUUGGAGGAUCAGCAUUGGAGGCUCUCCGCAACUUUGUUAAUGUGUUAAACAAGUAUUUUCCUGGUAGAAGCCAGGUUAGCAUGUUCCUGGAGAGUCUGGAGUUCUGGUUGGAGGAUCUGAAAGGACCAUCAAUCACAUCUGAUGAGUGGCUUGAUUUUGUCAAUGAAAACUAUGACCCAGAGAAGUCUUCAACUGCUGUAUUACCUCACAGUGUGAAGUGGGAAGGCUGCCAAGGCAGUUCUCCUCGUUAUCGAGGCUAUCCAUGUAGCAUUUGGACAUUGUUCCAUACACUUACUGUCAGUGCUGCUAAGAUAAAUAAACAAAAUCCAAAUCGUAACUCACAAGAAGUGCUAUUAGCUAUGCAAGGCUACAUACAGGUGUUUUUUGGAUGUACGGAAUGCGUUAAGAACUUUGCUAAAGAAUCAAAGUCGAUGUCAUCUUCUGUAAAGUCGUACGACGAUGCCAUCCUCUGGCUUUGGAAGACCCACAACAGAGUCAAUGAAAGGCUUAAAGGAGACAUUUCUGAGGAUCCAGCCCAUCCCAAAAUACAGUUCCCACCAACACAGCUAUGCUCAGCUUGUCGCCUUGGAAAGGGACACGAAAAUGAAUGGGUUAACUCAGAAGUCCUUGUGUUUCUCAAAGAGUAUUACGGAGUGAGGAAUAUUGUUUUUGACCAGUUAAAUAUUAAACGGCAAAUCUCUAAUUUGAAAGAAAAAGAGCAAUUGCCACCAGAAAGAUUUUUUAACAUUGAUAAUAUAAAACUGAAACACGAAGCGAUGAAAAGACAAUUGGAAAAACAAUUAGAAGUUCGUCUCGCUGAGGAACGACUAAAACAGAAUCCUGGUUAUGACUUUCGUAUUACUGAUAUGGAUCUUAGUAUGUGUGUAUUUAUGUAUGCUGUUUGUAUUUCUUUAUGUUUAUUUGUAUAUCUAGUGGUUUGUCGCAGGAGAAGGAAGAAAAUGAUAAAGCAGAAAGUUUAAUACAUAUUUUUAGGAUACAUUUUUAAUGUUUAAAGUUUUUUUAAUAUUAUUAAGAUAUGAUGUAAUUCAAAUAUCAUUAACUUAUAUACAUUCCAUUUCAAACAACAAAGUAGCAUUUAAGUUUUUAGAUUAUAUUCAAAAUAUUAUACACUAUCAUUUCAAUACAUUAGUUUUUAGUGAGAAUUGCCAGUACUCAAUAAUUAAUGAUCAGUAUUGUUUUAUUCCUUCUUAAAACAAAAAAUGAUUGAUGCUCAUAUUCGAUAUUAAGUAAUUUUGAUUGUUUUUAUUUAAUUAUUAAUUUUUGGUUUCUUUAAUAUUAUCAUAACAGUAAGCUCAAAUUGAUAUACCUUGAUGUUAGAUGUGCCUGAUAGCAUACCAUUUCACACCAGGUUGAUGACUAUACACCAGUGAGAAAUAAUGAACACAUAUAAUGUGGUAGACACUGUAUAGCGGAUACUGAUUCUGCUGGAACCCCUAUUGUGAUGGAAAUUCAGCGCACGAAUUUCACGUCGGCUUGUUUCAAAACUGCUUGGAAAGUCAAAAACUUCGACUGAAACAGGCUAUAGCAGACACUAAAUUUCAUGUACGUCGUCAAACCAAGGAAAUUGGUGGUUCAUAAAACAGAUUUGUUUGUACAAUAACUAAUAGGCAAACACGAUUUGUGUACAAUCGUCUUGUCUUUCUCGCCUAGUCGUUUCGUAGGCUAGGCCUAGGUAGGAAUGACGCUAGCCAAGGCCUACAGCAUCGCCCAAUUGAACCCACGUGGGCCGCGUAAAUCGUAAUGCUUAUCAAAAUCUAUUAUUUGUCUUCAUUUUACAGUAUUAUUAUGUUUAAAAUGUUGUUUAUUAUCUAAAAACAACAAAAUACAACAUAUUGUAGGCCUAAUCCUACCGCCCGUUUAAACGCAAUCACGAUCGCAUCAUGACUUUACUACAAAGAGAUACUGUACAUGUGUGGAAAAUCCCUGAUAGAUCAUUCUGGGCAUGCGCAUGGAUAUGCAUGGGCAGUAUUGAAGAAAGUGAUAUUUCCCAUGCCAAAGAUAACGAUAAAAUGUACGCUAAAACGAAAUUUAUUCGGCGAUUUUCUUAUGUAAAACAUAUGUAUUAUACUACAUUAUUAAAUUAAUACAAGUACGACCAUUC